AGCGUGGAGGGGGCGGGACUUAGCUGCACGGAUUUCUUGUUUGCAGCAUCCCUUGAGCAGCCUCUGUUUGUGUGAAAUAUAAGAAAGGGCAAGACGGGGGCGGUACAUGCUAGGAGGCAACCGGAGACCGGCAUAGGGAUCUCUCUGGGGCUGCCGGGAUAGGGUUACUUUGGUAUGUGGAGGUUAUCUUCAGAGAAAAUGGCUGUUUCUUCAAUGUAAACAGCCUGAGCUCUAUAUUGCUAAAGGGGGGAACAGAAGAAGAGGAGGAGGAGGAGGAGCAGCCGCUGGAGGAAAUGCUGCCUCUUCCAAUGAUAUUUUCCUUUCUUUAGCUAGCCACGGCCUGCCUGCAGCAGCUCACAUCUGAAGUCAUGCAUGUUGUAUGUUGAGUUUUAUUCUCCUGAUUUUCUGGGCAAAGCUUCAUCGAUGCCGCAGCAGACCUCAAAGCCGAGGGCCGACAGCUGCGUCGACCAUGAGACGCACUAGAGGCUGAGAGACGACAGCAACAUCCACACACAGAUUGAAAACACAUCCUUCAGUUAAGACAGUUACACCUAACCAUGGCUGUAACUGCUGCUAAGACCACUCUAAGUUUUCUUUCCACAACUUCCACGGCUACCACAGUCCCCUCCUUCCUGACGAGUGUGAGCGCCAGAGAAAAUAUCACCUCCAGAACAACAUCAAUGACUGUUACCAUAACAACAAACGAGACCAGCUUCAACGCCACCUCGUUUCCAGAGGCAGUGAUCGAGGGCUCGGGAAUGGGAAUUGUGCUCGUCCCCUUUGGUAUCAUCACUGUUAUCGGCUUGGCAGUGGCAAUCAUGCUGUAUAUUCGGAAACGGAAGCGGCUGGAGAAGCUAAGGCACCAGCUCAUGCCCAUGUACAACUUUGACCCGGCUGAAGAACAGGAUGACCUGCUGGAACAGGAACUACUGGACCACAGCCGGGAAGGCAGCCUCACGGGUCCCAAUGCCAAGACACUCACAACCUCCCAGGGGACCACGCAGAGGCCCAGUCGUCUGGUCUUCACAGAUGUAGCCAAAGCUCUCAACGCUUAACAGCUCUCUUUUAUUAGUUGAUUUCAGCUCGCAAGGGCCCACCCCACCGGCCCCUUGGACAUAUACAGACUUGUUGCUCAGGAAGGAAAAUAAAAAGGGAAAAAUAGGACUGUUCUUUUGGAGCAACCAGAGCUGUUGUGUACGCUUCAUUUCUGCGACACAGAACGCCACAUGGAAGUGGAGUUCAAAUGAUUAAUAAAAAACAAAACUCGUGCAUGUAUGAUGAGCGGAGAAAAAAAAGGGAGGCAUCACAUUUGAUCUUGCACUGUUAUCAUAAGGCACACAAAUGCAUUGUGAUGCACCUUUAUGAAUCAUGUUGUGUUAUUGCUGUUGAAAUGUUUGGUAGCUUGUCAGUGAAGUUCUUCUGAGCUUCAGUAUCUUCCAUAUUUGUUAAGAGAGAAGUAUACUUUUGUCUUAUACUGAUUGUGUGGUCUCGUGUCUCUGACAAGCUUGAAUCCUGGAGAUGUUACCAUCCUUAACUCUUCCUCUCUAUUUUGUUUCACAGUUUGUUCUUUUUGAGUAAUGAAGGAUUGUGUUUGUCUGUAUACAUUAAAUUAUUUAAACUGA